AUGAGAAUCCAGAUGUCUUCUAUUAAACCAGACACUAAAGAGAUUCUCACCAAUUUAAAAGAGGAAAGAGGACAGAACAUCAUCCCUGCUUCCACUGGUGCGGCCAAGGCUGUAGGUAGGGUCAUCCCUGAGCUGAAUGGGAAGCUCACUGGCAUGCCCUUCCGUGUCCCCACCCACAAUAUGUCUGUUGUGGAUCUGACCUGCCACCUGGAGAAAGCUGCCAAAUAUGAUGACAUCAAGAAGGUGGUGAAGCAGGUAUCAAAGGGCCCCCUUAAGGGCAUCCUGGAGUAUACUGAGGACCAGGUUGUCUUCUGCGACUUCAACAGUGACACCCACUCCUCUACCUUCAAUGCUAGGGCUGGCAUUGCUCUCAAUGACCACUUUGUCAAGCUCAUUUCCUGGUAUGACAAUGAAUUUGGCUACAGCAACCGGGUGGUGGACCUUAUGGUCCACAUGGCCUCCAAGGAAUAAGAGCCCCCUGAACCACCAGCCCCAGCCAGAGCAAGGGAAGAAAGAG